CUAGUAUAGACGUCUAUUGUAAAAGUUUGUAUUUAAAGUAAAGAAAUUCAACGUUUCUGUUAAAUUAGUUAUAUUUAAACGGUUAUAAUAACAUUAACAACGGUUAAAAUUACAUUUCUUAAUUUAUCUUAAAUUAACUUAUUCCUGGCUAAGUCGCACGCAGGUUUAAUCAUUUUGUCACGUGCGCCGUGAACGCCAGAAAAACCCCAAGUCCUUAAAAAUAAAACCGCACGGACUCGCAACAACACCUUGCAACCAGAGAUGGGCAAAACCCUAGACUUCGAAUAAAUCUCAAGUUUGCCGAUUUGUUUGUCUCGUUUCUUUCUCUGGGAAAUGUUCGAAAGAGGAAAAGAGACAAACAUAUCGGCAGACUUCAGAUUUAUUCGAAUCCUAGGGUUUUGCCCAUCACUGCUUGCAACAUACAAACAAGACCAACCAAAAGCAACACGUAAGCAUAUCAGCAUUGGUAAUUCUUGUUACGAUAACAGCGAACCCUGGCGACAAAAUUCACCAACCAUUUUUUAUCUGCAUACCUAACCCACGUUCUAACUACAAAUUCACUACUACAUACUGUAUAACGCUAUCUCUGUGUCACCGUUCCAUUUUCCACCUGAUAUAGAAUAUAAUUCGGUAUGGUUCAGUAACAAACACGGGGUUCAAGCGUACAAAAUUUUUAGCGCCACGUGGGAAAAAUUCACGCAACUAGAAGCAAUUUCUCCGAUUUACUUUCUUUUAAAUAAUUUAAAAAAGCAACUUAAAAAAACCCGCUCUGUAUAUAUAUAUUACAAAAUAUAUAUAUAUAUAUUUUUUAGUUGGGUGAAUUUUUCCCACGCGGCACUACAAACUUUGUACCAACUUUUAAUAUGUGAGCUUGGUGCAACAAAUGGAGCAACAAAUGGUGAUAGGUUGAUAGGAGAUAGUAGUGUCGUAUAUUAGUAUCCAUGCCCAUCCCGAUGCCAGCGACACAAUGCGACGAUACAAUUUGCUAGCAGCUCAUAAUACUGCAUGUAAUGAAUUUUUCAUCAAAUAUCAAGAUUGUCAAUACAAGCAUCCAUUUCGUAAAUUUCUUGGUUACUGCAACAACAUUGAGAAACAAAUGAUUUCCUGCGUAAAAGAACAACGAGAAAUUAAUAGAAACAAAAAUAGCCAGGCCGCUAAGGAAAGACAAAGUAGGUUACGUCUUAUUCGAGAGGAGGAAGAAAAGAGUAAACGAAUAACAUAGAUUGAUUCUAUGUGUUUCUCUCGAAUAAUUUAGUUUAAAAUGUAAAUGAUAGAAAUCGAUAUCAAAUAAAAAAUAUUCGAAACAAUUUCAAUGGUUUAACGGUCAACGAUGAACAUCGAUUCGUAUAACGAACCAAUUUCAAAAAGAAUAAAAUCAUCCGAUGAUGCGUACAAAAUUUCGUCUAAUGUACAUAAACGGUCGCAAACUACGAAUAAUGUCAAAGAAGAAAAUAAUGCAGCAAUGAAUUUUGAAUAUCAAGAAAGUUCCGAAAUAACGGACAACAAAGACAAAGAAAUGUUGCUAGCGAAUAAUGACCAAGAUGAUCAUUUAUUUCCAUUUCCUCCAGAUGAUAACAUUUCGGACAUGUUGGAAGGAGUGAAAUACGAUGGAUUGUUUCCAACGAUUACGGAUCGAUACUUUACUGCUUAUUACAAAUUAAAUGUACAAAAUACCGCCGAUGAUAUUUGCAUUUUAAUGCAUAGUAAUCGUAUUUGUAUGCUCGCUUUAGCUCCGAGUCACGUAGUUUUACAAAGCGAUACGCAAAUAAUGAAAGUUGACUUCAAGGUUAGCAAUAAACUAGACAGAGUUCUGAACAAAGUCUCAGGCAAGAGUAAACAUGGUGCGCAACCAUUGCAAGCUAACUCUAAUAUCUGUAUAAUUACCUGUUCCAACGGAAAAACAUAUACUAUUAAAUGUUGUAUAAUUGGCAAAUUGAUAGAAGCGAACGAAGCGUUGUUACAAAAUCCGAAACUUCUAUUGCAACCUCCGCAUAGAGGUGGUUAUUUAGCUAUAGUGCUCCCAAAUAUAAAACAUUUAGAUAAAAUGAAAGCAUCUUUGCUUACUCAAAAACAAUACGACUUGGAGAUGUUGGAGCGUCAGGGUACCGCGAAUAAGACAAAUUAUCGUAAUAAUGAAGUCACGGUAUCCGUGGCAAGUUAAUUUAGCAUAUAAAAAUGUUAACGAUUGUUGUUGUUUACAUGACUUUUUCCAACUGUAUACCGUUCGAGGUAAAAAUAAAUACAUAAACAAUAAGAAA